AUGGACUUCUCUGGCUGUGCUGUAGUAAAGAGAGCGAACACGACUGCAUACCACCCCAGGGAGACAGCGUUCAACAGCUCCUCAAAUUUGAGCGACGCUGCUUUGUACUAUUUGCUGGAGGAAUGGGCUCUCAACCCAUCAGGCACCAACGUGAAGAUGUUUUUAAUCCCUCCGGUUGUCUGCCUCAUGGCAGGUGCCCUCAUCAUUCCUACCAUCUUGUUUGUGAUCUUCUCUAGGUUUAGCAUCCGUCAGGAAACAAGGUACAUGCUGCUGGGAAAUGCCCUGCUUUCUGAUCUGGUCUACCUCGUGUUCUACACCCUGUCAGCUGCUCUCCAUGCAGCCCGUGUACAUCUCCCAAAGGAAGCCUGCGUCCUCUUACUGUUCUUGCUGGCGGUGGCUUACUGUGGAGGAUUGUUCACAGCUGCUGCAAUAGUCUUGGACACGUACAUAGCUAUUUUGUUCCCUUUGCGCUACAUCGCUAUUUUGCCUCCUUCACGAACGAAAAAAAUCAUUGUGUUACUGUGGAUGUGUUCUGGGGCUUUCCCCGGGAUCUUCUUCUUGGUGCUAUCCAGCACUCACGGCUUUGCGCCCUGCGUCCUGGAAACGUGCUCGGUUCCGGUGAUACUCAUAUUAACUCUGAACGGGACUGAUGUUGUGAAACUCUGUUUCUGGCUUGCUGCCACAGUUAUCUUUCUCUGCUUGUCUCUAAUAUUUUGUUGCUAUGCUAUUUUGUAUUUUAAAACCAAACAGUUGGGGAUAUGGGAGGGCAUCUGCUCCAGAGCCAGUGUAACGUUCUUGAUGCACAACACUGUGUUGUUUUUUUACUUCUUUCCACUCUUGGCUCUUAUUGUAGAAUCAUUCUUGUGCAUCAACGUUGUCAUCAGACUGCAGACAGGAAUCUGGGUCUCCCUGACAGUCUGCAAUGUCCUGAUGAUUCUGCCUAAGGUUUUGUUCCCUUUUCUGUAUGGGCUUCGGUACAGAGAGAUCGCAGGACCUCUCAAAUCCAUUGUCAGAAGGAAGCAUCUUCGUGUGUCGCCAGCUCCAUCACCAUCCUGA